AUGGUGGAUGAGAUGGUAUCAAGAGAUCCCAUCGACGAACCACCAGCAUACCUUAGAGUCACCAAGAUGCCUCCACUGCCACAAUACGAUGGGAAGGACGAUCUUGAUGCAUUCGAGGUCUGGCUACAGAAAUUGCUGGAAUACUUCAAGACUCUCCGCAUCACUGGCAAUGCCAUGGAUGCGGAUCGCCUACGGAUAUUGGGGCAAAGUCUUAAAGAUGACGCCGCUAACUGGUUCUUUCUGAACGUGCAGUCACCGAACCGCAAAGUACGACAGUGGUACUUCGAGGAUGCGGUGACGCACCUCCACCGACGAUUCCUACACAAGGACUCGGAGCUGAUAGCAUCCGAGAAGUAUGACAAGGUGACGUACAGCUUAUCACGCGGAGGUGUGAGCGAGCUAUACGACAGGAUAUUACACCAUGCAGAUCGCAUGGUGCAAUACCCAACGGAAUAUGCAUUCCGGAAGAGGUUUAUGGAUGCAUUACCACUACCAAUGGUAGAAGUAAUGCGUCUAGCCCACCUACUAUCGCCUGAGAAACACACCAUCGAUGCACUGUAUCGAUCGGCUUUGGCGAUCGAACAGGGCAACGGAUGGCUGGACCAAUACCGUACAUACAAGGACCGCCGACAGCCUCAGAAGACCGGGGACCAUAUGGGGACCCGGAGUUCAACUACUGCCCGCAAGGACAAGGACGAGGAGGGGCACACCCAGGACAUGCACAGCAGGCCGGGCCACUUCUCGACAGACCCGACGUGCCCGAACUAUGGUAAACCUCGGCCAGCGCGACUACACGCACAAUGUGUAGUUGAUGACCACUCCGAGGAUGAGGAACAAGCAAACCAAGAACCAGCAGAACCGGAGGCUACAGUUCAGGAGCCGGCUCCACAGGAGACGACUCCCGAAACUGACGGAAACGAAGGGCCCUACCAGAAUGACACAGGAUACCAGACAUAUCCUGAGUCAGACUGGGCCCCAGAGGGAUCACAGUACUCAUCAGCAGAUGAGCGUGAACCCCCAUCUGGAGACGAUGGCUGGAACGAUGACUAUGACGUUCACCUGGGAUCAAUAAGAUUCGGCGCCAUGCAUCAACACAAGCCUGGAAAGUGUACGCAGACCGUACACCUCCACACUAGCGAACACGCAACAGACGCACGAUCUUCGAGGAAUGCAUGGCUGUACAACUCACGCGUACGACGCCUGACCGAUCCAGCCAUGCAGCCUCAGAGAAACCUGCAGACACAACGAACACUAUGUGCAGAGGUCCUGAUCAAUGGGAUCAAGACCUAUACACUAUUCGACUCGGGGUGCACAACGGACUCCAUUUCUCCGGAAAUGACGUACAUCUCGAAGGCAGACCGAAUCGACCUGGACGACCAAAUAGGUCUCCAACUGGGCACCAAGGGAAGCAGGACACGCAUCAAUUAUGACGUCGUCGAUAUCGAUAGAUACGACGCUGUACUAGGCACAGUGUUCAUGCAUAAAUAUGGCGUGGUCCUCGACUUCGAGAACCGCACCAUAUCGAUCCAACAGCAAAAAAUACCGACCUAUGCGGAAGUGGACGAGGCCACAAUCAUUGCGAAUCGCAAGGAUAUGUUGCACUCACACUACCGCGUGCACAACAACGACCCCGCAAUGAGACCAAUGGCCGCAAAGCCACCCCAGUCUCGUGGUGUGAAACUGGGGACAGUCCUAAGAGGGGAGGGGAAUGACGGAAAUGUCAAGGCGAAAGAAAAAUCAACCACGAGAAACAGGAAACAGCCCAAAAAGGACUGUUUCCCUGACAUCUCGGAGAAGUUUGCACCAACUAGACACUCGAUGGACGAACCAAGACGGGACCAGUUCGGUCAGCCAAACCCAUUAGGUCUAAAUGACUUAAUGGUGUUCGAACUGAACGAACAUCGUAAAGAUGAAGAAAUUCGCGCCACGCUUGUAGAACCAUCAGAUGCAACAGCGUCUGAGGAGAAACUACAGGAACACCGAAAAGCCUGGAUUGAGAAGACGAAGGACAUAAUGUGUCCCUCGCCCCCAAUCCUUCCACCGUUCCGUGAGAUCAACCAUCGAAUACCGCUCAUCAAUGACGAUGAGCAGUAUCGACUGCGAUUACCAAGAUGUGCCGACGCAAUGAAGCCAUUGCUCCUAACGAAAAUCCAACAAUACCAGGACGCUGGCUGGUGGGAGUCCAAGCAGGCUCCCCAGGCAGCACCCAUGAUAUGCAUUAUGAAGAAGAGUGGAAAAUUACGGACGGUUGUCGAUGCGCGUAAAUGCAAUGACAACACCGUAAAGGACGUAACUCCAUUCCUGGACCAGGACCAGAUAUGCAUGGACGUGUCUCGUGCCAAAUACCGGUCGAAGAUUGACUUGUCCGACGCGUACGAACAAAUACAGGUGGUGGCGGAGGACGUCUGGAAAACAGCGUUCUCCACCCCAUACGGUACAUUCGUAAGUCACGUCAUGCAACAAGGCGAUUGCAAUGCCCCAGUGACAUUCCAAAGCCUCAUGAUGUUAAUAUUCCGUGACUGCAUCGGACGAUACGUUCACGUAUACCUUGACGACAUAUUCGUGUUCUCCGAUACAAUCGAAGAGCACAAACGCCACCUGGAAAUCGUAUUCCGUAAGCUGAGGGAGGCAAAGCUCUACCUUAGCGAGAUGAGGUGCGACCUAUAUUCACGGAGCAUGGAUUGCCUAGGUCAUCUAAUCGAUGACCGAGGACUCCACGCAGACUCAGACAAGAUGAGCCGUAUUCGCGAAUGGCGAAUACCCCGAUCUUACAAAGAAGUACAACGCUUCCUAGGGCUCGUGAACUACCUAGGACACUUCAUGCCCGACGUAACGGUGUACACCUCGCCAUUGUCGGACAUGGCUCACAACGACCGAGCAUUCGUGUGGCACCCAAUGCACACCAAAUGCUUUAAAAUGAUCAAAGCUUUGGCGUGCAAGGCACCAAUCCUGAAGCCAAUUGACCCACGUCAACCAGAACCCAUCUGGGUGAUAUCCGAUACGUCGCUAUACGGUGUUGGAGCGAUGUAUGGACAGGGACCAGACUGGCGAACCUGUCACCCAGCUGGCUUCCUGUCGAAGAAAUUCAUGAGUGCGCAACGUGCUUAUAAGACCUAUGAGCACGAGGCACUUGCGAUACUGGAAGCUCUCCUCAAAUGGGAGGACAAACUACUUGGCCGACCGAUAAUGAUCGCGACCGACCAUCAGGCAUUGAAGUAUUUCGAAGGCUACAUAGAAGGCGUGACCAAUAAGGUCGUGAACUGUCUAUCUAGGUACUACCAGAACGACAAUGUGGAUGAAUUCGCACCCAUCCAGGACUAUGCAAACACAGACGCUCAUCUAGACCCUGAGUGGGAUGACCUACCAUCCAACCGUAUUGCUGAGCUGCACGCCGGAACAAUCCAGCGCUCAGCACAGCUGCCCGAGGAGGUGCAGGAGUCAAGGGAUCAGGAGGUCAGCGAAAUGGCCUCCCACCUGCCCCUAGUAAUGCCAACCACAGGUGCAAAGGACGAGGAUCCGACAAUUGCCGAAUCACGCACCAACGGACCUCCACUGAAGGCCCACUUGGAACAGGAUACCCCGUUCCUGGCCGCAGUCCAAAAGGGCUAUGGCGAGGACCCAUUAUUUAGGAAGGUCGUUGAAUCCCCAAUGGAAAUCAGCGCCUUCGUAAUCUGGGACAAGACAAUAUAUACUAAAAACCGCCAGGAUAAAGAAGUUAUCUGCAUCCCGAGGGUUCUGUACCAUCAUCAAAUGAUGACCGAGAUCAUCAUCGAUAGAGGGCACAUGACCAUAGGACACUACGGCCCACAGAAGACGUCGGAAUACAUCCGACGGUGGUUCUGGUGGCCUAGGAUCGGACGCGAUAUCGAAAAAUUCUGCAUGACGUGUGGGGCCUGCCAAACGGCAAAGCCUCGCAAUCACCUGCAAGCAGGAUUACUUCAUUCCUUGCUGAUUCCACGGUUUCCGUGGAAUUCGAUAGCAAUGGACUUCGUCAGUCCGUUUCCGCGAUCAAAGGGAUAUGACUACCUAUGGGUAGUCAUAUGCCGCCUUACAUCAAUGGUACAUCUGGUCCCCGUGAAUACGACGAGCACGGCCUCGGACAUAGCUGAGCUCUAUGUCCGAGAAAUUGUGCGACUACAUGGGAUGCCCGAGUCCAUCGUCUCGGACCGGGACUCGAAGUUCACGUCGAAAUUUUGGCGUGAACUACAUUGA